AUGGCUUCUUCAGUAUCAGGUCCAAUCCCAUUACCAGAAUCAAGAUAUGAUUUAUCUACUUACUGGGGUAGAAUCCGCCAUUGUGCAGAAAUAUCAGAUCCUACAAUGUUACUGACCACACAAAAGGAUUUGGAUCAUGCUCGAUCUAUUAUCAGCGCUUAUCGUCACGGAACUUUAGCUAAACCUACUGCUGAAUUUUGGCGUGCAAAGAAGCAAUUAGAUUCAACAGUUCAUCCAGAUACCGGAGAAACUGUUUUAUUGCCAUUCCGUAUGUCAUGUUGUGUUAUAUCCAAUUUAGUGGUUACUGUCGGUAUGUUGACACCUGGAUUGGGUACGGCAGGUACCUUAUUCUGGCAAUGGGCAAACCAAUCAUUAAAUGUUGCUGUGAAUUCUGCCAAUUCUAAUAAAUCUCAUAGAAUGAGUACGCAACAAUUGGUGAGCAAUUAUGCGGCUGCAGUUACAGCCUCUUGCGGUGUAGCUCUAGGGCUAAAUAAUUUAGUACCAAAAUUAAAAGGAAUCAAGCCCAAUACAAGAUUGAUCCUCGGUAGACUGGUUCCAUUUGCUGCUGUGGUAACGGCUGGUAUUGUCAAUGUAUUCCUGAUGAGAGGAAAUGAAAUAAGAAAAGGUAUUUCCGUGUAUGAUUCUCAUGGUGACGAAGUUGGCAAAUCAAAGAAGGCUGCUUUCUUUGCCGUCGGGGAAACUGCGUUAAGUAGAGUCAUUAAUGCCACUCCAAUUAUGGUCAUUCCACCUUUAAUCCUUGUUAGAUUACAAAAAGGUUUAUUGAAAGGAAAAUCAAUGGGUGUCCAAACUCUUGGCAACCUUGGGUUAAUAGCCGUUACAUCGUUUGCUGUCCUUCCAUUUGCCUUAGGUGUGUUUCCUCAAAGACAAGCAAUCCACGUGAACAGACUGGAACCUGAACUGCAGAAUAAAAAGGAUAUGAAGGAAAAGCCAAUCACUACUGUGUAUUUCAACAGAGGUAUUUAA